AUGUACGCUGCUUUAAGGAAGCUAGGCACAAUCAACACCAACGAGCGGAUCCAACGCUUUGUAUCCGAUCAACGCCACCAGACCCUGCAACAGCUUGAUCACGACUAUAACUGUAUCUGUCGCGAUUGCGAAAGGCAGCAGCUGCUUGCACUGCGUCGAUCUCGUCGAUCUGUGCCCAAGACUCACAAGGACGCCUCGACGAAAGAGUUCAUACCGCUUUUGAACUCAGAGGAGGGUUUGCACUCCGGACGUGCAGCAUUGAGCAGCGAACAGCCCCGACAGACUACAUUUCGACGCCGACCCACUAACGAGAACGCAAGACGAGGCGAGAGCAAGCUUGGAAGGGCUGCACAUCUGAAGCCUGGUCGAAUCACGCUUCCUCUACCUGAAUCAAUCUUUGCUACCAAGGCCAAGAGUGAAGCGGCAGAUAAGAAAAUGCAACCACUGCUCGUGCCCUCUGCAGCCUCCUCCUUGGCCGCCUCCCGCCCUGGGAAGAAACGCGAGAAUGCAAGCAAGGUUGAAGUCGGAUCGUGCCCAAACCCUUCCGAGCAACCGGAGGAGGCCGAAGAUGGGAGCAGCUGGGACAGUGACGAGCAUUCGCUUCACUCGAAUCUGGUGCACCACGAGGCAAAGCAAAUGAAGAAGACACAGGAGGCGAUUCCUCCGUCGACGACAGCAAAAAGUCCGGUGAGAUCGGAGAGCGGCCAGCGGGAAGAGAAGGACGAGGCUACAUGUCCCUUGUUGGACGAUUUCUUUCAACGCAACCCCGCUGCGGUAGCGAAUGGCUGGUUAGCCAUGCCUCAUCAUCGGGAUGUGCCCGAAUGGAUGGUGGAACGAGAUCGAUCGAAAGCGAUGCAAAGUGUAGCGCGUGAUCUGAUCCAAACCAAUCAGCCGAGAUUGUUGGGUCUUGUACCUCAGUUCAGAUCCAGUAGAAGGUCUCGUCGCAAAUGA